AACUUGGAGAGAAGAAGAUAAAAAGAUUGCCUUGUCGACUGCUCAAGGGACGGCCACUUCCUUCUUUUUGGCCGAAGUGGAGCCAAACUAGUGUUUACCCACAAAGCCAUGGUUACGUUGCUUCUCUCCUCUCCGCUGCUCCACACUCCAUUUUCUCCAUACGGAAGUCACAGGAUACUUUCAGCUUCUCCCACAUUGGGAUCCUUGUUUCUUCGGAAGAAGCUCAUCACGUGUUCUUCCUCAAGUAGCAACUUAAAAUAUGAUGGAGACCAGAACGGAUAUGCUGUGCAUUAUAAGGAGAACAUGAGGCGGACAUUUCUCCUCCUUUUGGUGUCAUCAGGCUUUUUCCCAACUUUGCCUUCUUCUGGCAAGACUAAAAAUAAAAACCCAUAUGAUGAAAGACGCUUACUUGAACAGAACAAGAGAAUACAGAGAGAAAAUAAUGCACCUGAAGACUUCCCAAGCUUUGUUAGAGAAGGUUUUCAGGUCAAUGUAGUGACAUCAGAGAACUAUGUCAAGCGUGACUCGGGACUUAUAUACCGGGACUAUGAAGUUGGUAAAGGUGAUUGCCCAAAGGAUGGUCAACAGGUGACUUUUCACUAUGUUGGUUACAAUGAAUCAGGUCGCCGUAUCGACAGCACCUACUUACAGGGUUCUCCUGCCAAAAUUCGAAUGGGCACAAAAGGACUUGUUCCAGGAUUUGAAGAAGGGAUUCUGGACAUGAGGCCUGGAGGUAAAAGGAGAAUAAUUAUUCCCCCAGAACUUGGACCGCCAGUUGGACCUUCGACAUUUUUCAGCGCAAAGCAGUUUGAAGUUUUCGACGUGGAACUGCUCAGCAUUCAGAACUGUGAAAGGAGGACCAUUGUUGGUUUUUACUCUGAUGUCGUUUGCAAUUGAAUGACGAGACUAUUUUCCAAUGUAUGGUUAUGAUAUUUGCACAUGAGAACACGAAACGGUCUAGUUUUAUGUUCUAGACCGCCUAGAAGAAGUGAAAACAGCCAAAGCAGCUAAUUUAAUUCUCAUACAA